ACCCACACAUGCACAUGGUGAAUCUGCAAACCCUUGCAUGUUCACCUGGCCGGGAGUCGGACCCAGGACCUUCUUGCUAGGCAAGGCAACAGUGCUACCAGCUGCACCACCUUGCAGGCCAAAGUAAGAAUUAAUUGUGAUUAAUUACAAGUGAUUUUAUUAAGGUGCACUGGAGGAUAAGGGGUAGUGUACAAAUGCACGACACACAUUUUAUUUGCAGUUAAACAUUAAACAACUUUAAUUUUGCUUUAAACUAAUUUGUCUUGGCCAAUCACAUAAAAUACCAAUAAAAUACCUUGUCUGUGUAGUUUAUUUAUAAGUUUAGGGUUUUAUCCUGACAAAAUGUGAAAAAGUUUAAAGGUAAUGAAUGUUUUUGCAAGGUACUGUGCAAGUAUAUUAAAGAGAGAUUGGAAAAUAUUUGCAUGUCUCCCUCUACAGUGUAUAACGCCACUGAACCAUUUAAGGAAUCUGAAGAAUGUUCAGGCUGGAACACUGACUGUACUGCAUCUAAAACCACAAUUCAUGAUUAAUUGAAUAAACCAUUUCACAUGGAUUAAUUUGGGAAACAUUAGUCAGGUAGAACAUUACAGAGGGGUACUUAACAGAUGCAUUUUGUUUUUUAAGAAUCAAGGCCAAAAACCAUGUUCCUCUUUGUCAGCUAAUUCAAAAGCUAGGAGUGGGGUCGGAUCAGAGAUUCUUCUGUAAAGUCCAGCCAAGAUUUUUAGAGAAAACUAUGCUGCCUUCAAGACCACGUACUGAAAUCAAAUAUCCCAUGUCUGAACUGCUCAACUGUUUUAUUAGCAGAGCGCGCCACCUGGUGGUUACACAGCAAUGACGGUGACACACAUUCUUCAUUAUUCCUGUGAGCUUAAAACAAAAACAGAUUUUAACAUUUGUAGCGGCGCAGUAAAUAUUAUCAGCACUUCCCGUGAUAUUAGCAUCAGGCAGGAAUUCAAUAUUUUAGUAUUAGACUUUUUUCAAGGUGGUUCACAGUUAGUUCGUUAAAUCAACUCUUUUUUUUUUUUUUUUUUGGUGAUUUUAACUGGCUACAAAUAGGCCGGAUUACUGCCUGAUCUGAGGACUCAUGGAGUAGGCUAAAAGCCUCAAAAAGCAACACACAUUUCCUUAAGAAAUUCAAGAACAGAUGAGAAACAAAGUCACUGAAAUAUUUCACCACAUUAACAACUCAUGCAGGUCACAAAAUAACCCAGAACAUCUAAAGCACUUCAGGACUCACUCAGUUCAUGUCAGUGAUCAUGAAACAACAAUAAGGAAGAGACUGUGGAAAAAAUAGCAUCCAUGGGAGAGUUCAAAGGCAAAAACCAGUGCUGAUCAAAAAGAACACGAAGGCUGGUUUCACAUUUGCCUAACAACAUCUUGACGAUCGCUAAAACUUUCUGGGAAAUAUUCUGUGGGCUGAUGAGACAAAACUAGAACGUUUUGGAAGGUGUACGUCCCAUUAUACAUAGAGUAAGACUGAUAAAGUCUUUUGUAAAAAGAACGUAAUACCAACAGUCAGACAUGGUGGUGACAGUGUGAUGGUCUUAGGGUGCUUUGGUACUUCAGGACCUAAGCACUUCACUGUAACUGAUAAAAUUAUGAAUUAUUCUCUCCAGCACAAAGUCCUGAAGGAGAAUGUCCAACCAUCCGUUUGUGAAUUUAAGCUCAAGUGCACUUACAGCAGUACACCUGCAAGUCCACCUCCAAAUGGUUCCAAAAAAACAAAAAACUGAAGAUUUUUGGUGACCUAACAACUAAACUAACAAGUCCAACUAAUUGAAAUCGGAUUGUGAUGCCGUGACCUAACAUUAAACUGUCUGUUCAUGCCUGGAAUCUCUCUGAUGUGGCUUAAUUAAAACAAUUCUGCAAAGAUGUAUAAGUCAAAAUUCUUCCAAGCCAUAGGAGUCGGAUGUGGCUUCCUGUGAUGAGUCAUUGUCUUGCAAGCAUAAGGUUGUGGGUAUGAUUCUCAGUUCCUGUCCCAUCAGAGGCUGAUGUCCCCUUGAAUAUAUUCAUAACAGUGACUUAAAGCAGUUAAACUGGUAAAUCUACUUGACCAUUAAGAUGUUGUAUUUUGAAAGUUGGUGUGUGCGGUGGGUCCAGCUGCUCAGUGGGACACAUCUGUAGUUCGGCUCCCUUAUCAGUUUGGAUCUGCGCCGCCUCGUCCAGUGCUGACGAGUAAGUCUGUUCUGAAACCAGCGAGGUGGAAUCUGCCCUCUCAGAUUCACUGCGGCGGUUAUGUUGUUAAACCUCCCCCUGGACUGAGCAGCUCCAACAGCUGGCUGAGAGGCGGGGAAACAUCUGCAUCAGCGCCUGUUCCGGAGCGCAGCAGCUGGAUGGCUCUGCGCUGCGGCUCUUCUGGAGGGAACAUCCCAGAAAUGAAGUGCGGCAGCUCCGGUGGGACAUGCCGAGAAGCAAUAACAGAAUAACAUCUGACUGCAGGAGUUUUUUAGCUGAGUAGGAAUCACCAAAAAAACUACAACAACAAACAAAUAACUUCCUGACGGGAAUGAAAGAGAUGAGAAAUUCCACUGAGGAGUUGCACUCUCUCCCUCCAAGACCACCGAGUUUCUCCAAAGCUCCAACAAAGAGACGGUUUGUCAGGCUGGGAAGGAAGAACAGUGAUGGUUCUCAGUCAGGAUUAUCCACUGGCAGUUCCUCCACCUGCAGGUUGGCCGAGGGCGCAGCCGUCAGACAGCUGAGUAAGAGUAGCAUCCGUCACCAAACCAACCGCCUCUCCGGGGUCUUCCAUCGCAGCCCCGUCCCUAACUCUGGCUCCAUGGCGCUGACAGCUGGUCUCCGGGCAUCACGGUCUGUCCAAGUCAGGAAGGGAAGCAUGGUCUAUGCAGAAGUCCUGCCAGAGGAUGACCCCUGCGAGCUGUCUAAUCAGAUAACCGCACCGGGAAUCCUGAAGAUCUUUGGGAAUGAAAUCUGUGAAGGUGCUCACUAUAAAAGCGUCCUGGCCACCAUGCACUCCAGCGCCAAGGAGCUCGUCAAGGAGGCCCUGGAUCGGUAUGGCCUAAGGAAGGAAGAGUCUGAGUCCUACGUGCUCUGUGACACCAUCGGCUCUAUUGACAAUCAUCAGUGGAGGACAGAAGGGUUCAGAGUUGUGGGUGACCACGAGAAACCUCUUCUCCUGCAGGCCCUAUGGAAACCCAGAGAAGGUUUGGCGAGACGUUUCGAAAUUCAGAGGAAAAGUUCAAUAGAGGAGAAGACAUCCAAAGAGAAGGACACCAUCACUGCUGGUAUCAAUGCCCAGGCCCGAAAGCUGCAGAAAAGUCGAUCCAGGGUUACCUCCACCCUUGUGAAGAGGACUAUGGGUCGGAGUCAGAAGCUCUGGAGGAGCAAAAGUGAGAUGGAUCUCUUGGAUGGUGAGGCUGAAAGUGACACAGAACAUGAUGCACGUACCAAGGAUCUUCCUGAGAGCCUCAGUCACUCCUCAGUUCACAACCACGAGUCCCCCAAAACAAGCCCCGAACAGAUUGGCAUUCACAGUGUGGUGGCUCCCUCUGAGGGGGACGGCAGGUCGGGGUCUAAAACAGAGGCGCUCUGUCUGUCGAGGCAGAGGGGUGAGCGGGAAGGAGAGGAGUCAGAGAGGGAGGAGACAGAGAGCAGCGACGAUAACACCACACAGUACUCCAUUCACCCUCCUCAUGACUGCCCAUACCUGCUGCUGCUACAGGGCUGGAGCCUAACACAGGACUUUGUCAUCUACUUGCUAGCGGCCCCGCACAUUCUUAUUGGCCAGCAAAGGGAUUAUGAAGACAAGUCACAUGUUGACAUCCUCCUCUUUGCUGAUGAUAUCCUUCCAAACCACUGCUUCUUUAACCGCCACAGCGUUGGCGGUCCCAUCAUGCUCUCGCCUUGCAAAAAUGCUGCUGUUACGAGGAAUGGUGAAGCUGUGAAAGAUGAUGUGCUGCUGAGCUCCAGUGAUGUUAUCGGGCUGGGAAAGCAUUACCUUUUCCUUUUCAGGGAUCCCUUAGCUUCAGUGCGAAAGGAAGUAAGUGGUGCUUCUCCUGAACCCAUAUUGUCUGUUGUUCCAUGGAUACUCUGUCUCAGCCCUCCUGCAGCACCAACCAUACACAGUACAGCAAUGAUCCACUGCAUUCCAAACUGCACAGACCUCUGGGGCUUGACCUGCAAGCAGUCUCAGAACAAAGUCCCUCCAUUUCUAACAUCACCCAGAGGCCACAUUCUGACUUUGAACUAUAAUGCUGAGCAUGAAGAUCGCAUUGUCAAGGAGAUCUUUGCUAUAGAAGUUGGCAGCAGCAUUGAUGGAGCCCCUCUGACAGUUUCCUUUCUGCUGAGCCUGUGUCUUCAGUACGCAUCAGCCCAUCUUCAUAAUUCAGAUCUCCGCAGACUCCUGCUGCUGAGUGCGAGUCACGUCCAAAGUGCCAUGUGGGAGUGGACCUCUAAGAUAGCUGCUGUUUAUCCUGGAGUUAAGGGUUUGAAUCCCAAAGACCUCGACGUACCCAGCCUGAAUGAGGUGAUUUCAGGAUUGCGCCCCCUGGUGGUGUGGAUGGCCAACAGCCUUGAGCUGCUGCAGUUCAUUCAACAUCAGCUGCCACUUAUUCUGGAGUGGAGAAACCGCAAGGAGAAGGGAUGGGGGGUGGAAGAAGACUGGGAAGAUGCUGAAAGCAAGGAAGUAGAGAACUUAGCGAUGCUGGAGCUCCAUCUGUCCCAUGUUCGUUCAGCCAGCGAGGAGACAAUGGCUGUUCUGGAAGAAGUCAUCUUGCUGGCCUUUCAGCAGUGUGUCUACUACAUCACUAAGUUCCUGUAUCCAGUCCUGCCGAGCAUUCUGGACUGCAAUCCUUUCAAGGAGAGUCCCGGAUACUGUAGUCAGAGCCUGGGUGGCGGUGGAAUACACAUCCCUGUGGAGAUCAGGCAGGUAGUGGAGGUUCUGAAUGAAAGCUGGAGGCUGCUUUUAGACUGCCAGGUCCACCCAGAGGUUUCCUCUCAGCUCGUUGGCUACCUCUUCUACUUCAUAAACGCUUCACUCUUCAACUCACUUAUGGAGAGAGGCUCAGAACCAGGCUUCUACCAGUGGUCCAGAGGUGUGCGAAUGCGAGCCAAUCUUGACCUGGUCCUGGACUGGGCCCACGUAGCAGGACUUGGAGAACUGGCCUUGGAGCACACACAAACUCUCUCGUCAGCUAUCAGCCUGCUGGCUACACCAAGAAAAAAUUUACUGCAGACGCCAUGGGCAGCCUUGCGCUCUGAGUACCCCGCCCUGAGUCCGGCCCAGCUGAACCACCUGCUGAGUUUGUACAGCCCCGUCUCAUCCUGUGCACAAAGAUGGGCUCCAUCAGCACAGGAUCAAGCAGGAGCUCACAUAACAGCUGAUGUCCUGGAAAGUUUUGACACCCAUCAUCCGCUGGAGCUUCCCAACGAAGGUUAUCAGCUUCAGCUCAGAAGACCAGUGACAGACCCAGCUCUAAGGGAACAGCUGCACAAACUCAAGGAAUUUAUUACCACACUGUCUGACUCCCGGAUUAAUGCUACAGAUGCUAGGAACCACCAGGUUGGAGCUGUUCAGAUGGAAGCUGCUCAAGAUGACAAGGACAACCUUCAAAGGGCCAGUUUAGAAGCCUGGAAUUCAUCACCAGAUGACCUGAUUUUACCUCAGGUGUUAUCUCCAUCCUCCUCCUGUCAGAAUGAGCUCAGCACCAGUGAUGCACAUAUGGUAGCUAAAAAGCUAACACAUCUGGAGCUGACAGAGACCAGUGAGUUGAAGAGGUCAGCUCUGGACCCUCCGUGUCUGUUCACCCCAUCUAAAACACCACAGAAAAUAGAGCUGAUGGAGGCUGACAGUGGAACAGUCCCCCCACCCUCCCAUGUGGACAGUGAAGGUGGCUUAGUAUCUGAAUGUCUGGCUGCACUGAAUACAGACCAUUUAAAAUCAGACUGCAGCAGUGUGAAAGGACUUGUGGAGCUAAAAGAGGAGGAAGAGGAGGCUGAAGAAGAGGAAGCAGAUCACAAUGAUGAGGUUUUCAGUUUGGAGCUGGAGCGAGAUGAAAGGGGACUUGGCCUUGUUCUGGUAGACACAAGGAACACAUCCAUGAAGGUGAAGGGCAUCUUUAUCCGUGCAGUUGUUCCAGACACUCCCGCAGCCAAGUGUAAGAAGCUGGAGCCUGGAGACAGGAUCCUGGCUGUCAAUGGAGUCAGUCUGCUUGGACUGGAUUAUGAGAGUGGAAAGGAGCUGAUCCAGUCAUCAGGCGCCAGACUGAGGUUUCUGCUGGCAAGAUCACACUUUAUGGCUGCAGCCUUACAGACUAAAUGCUGACUCUGCAGUUUUUAAGGGACUACUGAACCACCAUCAGAUCUACAUGAGACUGUGAGAGCUUGUUGAAAAAUUUAGGACUUGGACAGAAAUGCACUAGUAUGAGCUUUUGUUUUGGAUGUUCAAUGUAAACUAGCAGCUUUUGUGAUAGAAAUUAUUGUUUAUUAAUUGUUGUCUUUAGGCGAUACUGUUUUUACUAAAUAAGGAUUUAUCUUUUUUUGGAGUAGAAAAAGCUCUCACUAAAAAUUUUAAAAUAGAAGAAAAAUCCAACCUUUAAUUUGAGUGCACUUCCCACAGGAGACAAACAAAUAUCCACAAUAAGAAAUCAUUGUUUAUUUCAAAACACUUGUUGCCACACAUAUACACAGCUCUUGUGUCAAUACUUUGUACAACCCCUUUUUGCAAGUAAGACAGCACUUAGUUUUCAUCUAUGACAUUUCACAGGGUUGGAGCAUACAGAGAGAGGGAUCUCUAACCAUACAUCCUUACAUAAUCUCUCUGAAUCAUCCAGAGUACUGAUCCCUCUGUUAUGCUCUUUUCUUUUCAGCUCAGCCCAAAUGUUUUCUUUCGAACCCUUCUAAACACUUUUGUGUUGUAAGUCAACAGAGUAUAUUCCCUAAAGUCUCGGGGAUGAUUAAGAUAAUUUUUGGCAAAUGUGAGACAUGCCUUUAUGUUCUAUUUGGUCAGCCGAGGGUUUUCUUUUGCAACUCCACCAUGGAUGCCACUGUAGCCCAGUCUCUAUCUUUUUGUUGAAUCAUGAACUCUACCUUUACUGAGGCAAGUGAGGACUUCAGUGCUUUAGAUGUUGUUCUGGGUUCUUUGAUGACCUCAUGGAUGAGAUGUUGAUGGAGUAAUUUUGGUAGGCUGAAAACUUAUAGGAAAGGUUCUCACUGUACCAUUGGACCACAGGACAUUAUAUUUUUACAUGUAAUGGCAUAGAUAGACUUUUUCCUUUAAUAAAUUCAGUCAUCCAGGGGCUAUACCCACUUGUCAUUACCUCAGUGCUAUCUCCAGUGGUCAUUGGCCAAAAGGCAGGGUACACCCUGGACAGGCUGGUUUAUUACAGGACAACACAGAGACACACAGGACAAACAACCAGGCACACACAUGCUCAUACGUAAGGGAAAUUUAAAGAGACCAGUUAACCAACAGUUAUGUUUUUCAACUGUUGGAGGAAGCUGGAGUACCUGGAGAGACCCAACGCAUGCACGUGAAGAACAUGAAAACACCAUACAUAAAGACCAAAGGCUGGGAUUCAAACCCAGGACCUUCUUGCAGAGAGGCAACAGCGCUACCAACUGCACCACCAUAAAGCCCUAUAUAAAAUAAAAAUAAAAACAUCAUUUGAAAAUUGUUGGUGUUGUACAACCGCAAACCUGUGCAGGAAUUAAACAUAUAACACUGUGCAAGUUUGAUGUUAUAAACCCACGAUUGUAUCUCCGGUCACACUGGACAUUGGAAGAUAGCAGCCUUCACUGGGUCAUCAGUCGAUGCUUCUGUCGCACUGAAGAACCACAGACCACUGAAUCAAACUGGCCAGCAGAGAUUUCCUUACAAUUCUUUAUCAUUCAUUGAUUCAUUGAUUCAUUGAUUCAUUCAUUCAUCUUCUAUACAGCUUGAAUGAAUGAACAAUUCUUUAUUAGAUAGAUAAUCAUACAGUCAUAAACAUCGGAUUAAAAUGAUUUCUGUUAAAAUCGCUGUAGAUUUGACUAAACUCCAAACAUUUGCCAUUGUUAUGUGGGGACAGAAAACACUUUUUUCCAGGCAUGUCUCCCACAGAACUGGUUGCCAUGUAGAUGGUGACCAAUGACGGUAACGUAGACCCAAGGUGCCAAUAUUUGCUUCAGUUCUCUGAAAGUGAACUUUGGAGAUGUUUUUAUCCUCCUUACUGUCGUCCUUACUAUAAAACAAAAUGUGCAUCAUCGUGAGGCCUUGUGUUUCUAAGUCUUUUACUUUAAACAUUUUAAUCAGGUAUUUUUAAUUUGGUAAUCGUCAACAGAUAUUGUUCCUCUUUACAUACAUAAGGAGCAGCAACAGAGCAGAUCACCGCACCCUCCCCUGGUUUUUGACUUCAUCUAGUGGCUGUAAUUAACAAUGUAGCAUGAAGGGCCAAACAAACUUGCAUUUGUUUUCAUUUGAGACUGUGGUUGGAUGUUAUCUCAAUCAGCAGUUAUUCACACAGCUGUAAUCCAUGUAUUUUAUGCAGCUUUUGAUUUUUGAGAAACUGGUCAAAGCUGGAAUGAAAAAUUCUUAAUUAAAACACUUAUUUAAAAACAAAUUGUGUUUUGUCAGCCUUUAUCCUACAGCCUAUAUGAAUGUUGAUUUCAUAAAAUGUAAAAGUUUUUGUUUUCACAAACAGAAUAAAUGUUUCACAAGUAAUACA